UAAUCGUGUCCUUUUUAGACAAGCGUCAUCUUUCUUAGAUUCCUUCUGAAUUUGUAGCGAUUUGUGUACAGCACUGCUGCCCUUUUGACGUGGACUUCAGUUCGAAGAACAGUUGAAGUUUUCUUCUUUAUCUGAAAUCCAAAGUGCAACUUAAAAUGCCUGGACCAGCAUCAAGUGCAACUAAUGUCGGUGCAGGGAGCAGAUCCCCCAGCAAGACAGUGGCCCCCCGCGCAGCUGGAUCCACAGUCCGACAGAGGAAAGCAACGAGCAGUGGCACACGCAGUGCAGGCAGGACCACAGCGUCAGCGGGCGGCACAGGGGGCAUGUGGCGCUUCUACACUGAGGACUCACCAGGACUCAAAGUAGGUCCAGGACCAGUGCUGGUGAUGAGUUUGCUGUUCAUCGCGUCGGUCUUCAUGCUGCACAUCUGGGGGAAGUACACCCGCUCCUAAACCCCGCCCCAUGACCCUUCACCCUCAACCCCUGACCCUGCGGCGCAGCUUCUUAACACAUCAGACCUGGACCAAACAACCAACCUGAAUCCCCAACAACACUACUCGCCUGUCCCGACGGGUGGUACAGACCCGAUCUGUCUGGUGUUCUCUUAGAGCAGGGCAGCAGUCUAGUGUCCAACUCAAACUGAACUGCAGACCACCAGUGUGUUGACCUUGAACAUAGAUCAUAUAGGACUGAAUCCUGACAUGAGACUCAUCUCCUGCUGGCUGCUGUAGGUCCUGUUGAUGACAAUGGGUGAUGCCUCUCCAGUAAGGAUCAGGCACCUAGUCCCCUCAUCAGGACGUCAGUAAGCAUCUAUAUAUUUCAGCCUGAAUUGGAACCUGUAGAUGUUUUGUUAACAUCAUUUGGACACCAUUUUUAUUGUGACAUUGUACAAUAAAUGAACUCAAACAGAA